UUACCCUGCGCUCCUCUCCCAUACAGGGGAGCAGAGAGGUAGGGUGUACACACAGCUCGGUUAGCUACACCCACUAAACCAAUCAACCCAGAGAUCCACUGGCUCCUUGAGGCCGUCCCAGGAGGGCAGAACUUCAGUUGAACAACAGGAAACAGAUAAAGCAGAAAAUGGCACGGACAGGAAGACUAAUGUUUUCCCUCAUAUACACCGGAAUUAUUGUAGUGUUAUUGCCAGAGUUUCUGGGGGCCGGCCCGGUGAGGCAGAAUGCGAAGAAGGAGGCAUCUGCAGUAUCCAGUGAUGUCCGCAGCAAGAGGAGUCUUACCGUUCCCAUUCCUGUCCUCAAGCGUCUUCCUGACUUCUGGGGAUGGUACAAAUUCUUCAUGGAUACUCGUAACCAGGAAGGGAUAGAGCAUCUGGACAAGAUGUACAUGACCUACCUGCAGAACAAGCACCGUUCCGAGGAGGGUCCCACCUUCAACCAUUACCUUACCCACCUCAGUGCUAUCUACAAGAUUUGCGCCGACUCCGACGACCCAGAGUGCAUCGCCGAGUCCACCAGCAAGCCCAAGGCCAAGGUGGUGAUGCCCGUGCCUGUCAAGACUGCCACAGUCAAAGUAUGCAACCCUUAUAUCGACCCCUACUGCCCCUUCCCCAUGAUCCCUAAGAAUGCCGCCCCAGCCCCGGUCAAGGCCGCCCCAGUGCCUGUCCUGACCCCCCACCUGCCGCACCCUCAGAAGACCCCCACAGGGUUCUACUACUAUGCCCCAGUCCUGGAGCCCUUCCUCACCGCAGAGCAGAAGACGGAGCUGCUGCGCAUCUGCAACCCCGACGACACCGAGUGUCUGCAGUACCACUUGCGUGCCGCUUAUGGCUAUAGGCCCGCUCCUGGACCCGCUUCAUCCUACGCCGCCCUGGGCUGCGAUCCCACCGAGGACCCCUACUGCCGGCCAAAGAUGGUGAAAAAGGCCCCCUCCAGCUUCUACCACAUGUACCCCACCUGCGACCCGGCCACCGAUCCUCUGUGCAUGGCUAGAAUAGCGGCCCCAUCUCCCGCUGCCAAGGAAGCCCCCAAGGAGCAGCAAUGCAACCCCCUCUUCGACAAGGGCUGCAACCCUCUCAUCGCCACCAAGUUGGCCGGCCUCACCAAGCCCGUCCUGGAGUAUACACCCAAAGACAAGCCGGCGCCCGGCCCUCUGGCGUGUGACCCACGCUACGACCCAUUCUGCCUGCUAGGUGCCGAUGCUGCCCUCCGUAAGGCUCCCCCAAUGCUGCCCCAGUACCAGAUCCACUCCCGCCUGGGCGUCCUUGGGAAGACCAAGGAGGGCCAUGACUGCUACGUGCACUACGAUAAGGGCUGCACACCCUUGGAGGCCAGUGAUGAACCCAACGCCCCCGUCCCACCUCAAUGCCACCCCUAUGACUUUACCUGCAAUGGAAUGUCUGCCCCUUCUCCCCUCACCGCUGAUGCCGACAAGCCCAAGAGUGGCGUGAUCCUGCCCGAUCCUGACUGUGACCCCGAGUACGACUACAACUGCCGCCUGCGCCGUUCUGAGGAUGCCUCCGCCGCAGCAGAACCAUCGGCAAAGGAGCCCAAGGAUGAGCCAGUGCAGCAGGAUGCUGCCCCCGAGUAUGCCGUCCCACAGUUUGAAGACUUCCUCAGAAGCUACAUGGCCAUGGAUCAGUACAGGAAAAAAAACACAAAUCUCAACUAGAUGCUAUAAAUCGCUACAACUGGAGGAAAGUGAUACAAGUUCAUGUGUUAUACAUACACACACUCAGUCCUCCCAAGGUGCUAACAUAUCUCCAAUGGUCAAAUACUGCUAAAGCAGGACGACUAGAGUCUUAUCAACAGAAAAAUCCAUACCUGCAAUAGUGAAUCAGAUUCGCUCAGUUACAGUGCCUGAAGGUGUAUUAUUUUACAGUCUGUGAUAUAUGUGGGGAACCCAACAUGAGUCCCUCUAAGUUUUAUGGUCCCAUAGAAGACUAUGUGAAAGGUGUGCAUUAAAUACUAUGCUUGUCUCUAGAAAAUGUAUGUGUUUGUAGAAUAGGGGAAGCUAGCAGACUUGAAGACUGUCUAAGGCAAAUUUGUGCCUAUGUAUGUUUUCUGUGGUUGUACAUUGUCUAUUUCUAGUGUAUUGUGAACAUAGUGUCUCUUGAGUGUAUUUAAUGUUGUUUUCAUAGCUUUUCUAAAACCUAUUAACCUCAAACCCUUCCUCUGGUUAGAUUUAUGUUAAGCUCCAAAUAAAAAGUUCUAAAACAA